AUGUGUUUCGCGAUGGGCACGGAUGAUGCCAUGACACCACUAAAAUGUUUUGCGAUAAAACGAGGUGCAAUCCAGGCGGACCGCGACACGGUCCCAAAGAGAGUCAAAAUUGUUUAUAUGACUUCCAUGGAGCCUAACGGCGAAUGUUUAGUGGAGAUGGUAAAACAACGCAUGCAUCAAGCGGCCAGUGAAAUCAGAUACAGAGAGAAGCACGAUGUCUUCACGAACGACGAAGGAGAGUCUUUUCUACAGCAAUACAAGCAAUUGACUCAGCACGUCCAUGAGAAUUUGAGUUCAAAUCACGCGUUGAGGUCCCAUAUCGUCAAACUUCAAGAUGAGAAUCUUGUCUUGAGAGAUGAAAAUUGCGGCACAAAAGAUACGGAUUGUCGCUUGAAAGGAACCCUUGCCAUGAGUGACGCGGAGCAUGCGUUGGAAAAGGAGAAGCAUGAAUUGGAAGCCAAACUCAAUACAUUGAAAAAGGAUAAAUCUGCCUUAGAAGCCGACAUGCAAACAUUGGCAGACCAAAACAGUGCCUUGAAAGACGAAAUGACCAAGUGUAUGGCUAUUCAGAAAAGAUACUUGGAUACACGAGAACGAACGUUUUUAACAUGGAUUCGAAAGCUCUGGGACGAGCACGACGAACUCAGAAAUGCCAGAAUACGCAGGCUAAACAGGGAGGUCAUCCAUUCUGCGGAUAUCAUAGCGGAUGCUGCGAUGGUGAGCGAACGAUUCGAGCCAGAACAAUCGGAGCGGACACUGUUUCCGUGGUUAUACGGUCUUGAUCCUGAGACCGUUAUCCAGCUGAGCGAAUCCAGGGAAUGCCCCGAGUCCUUACAAGAGCUCAACAGGAUGGCAUCGUACCUGCUCAACAGAGACCGAAAGAGACUUACCGACGACGACGACAAGAAGCGGAAGGGUAUAGUUGCUAAUAUAAAGGCACGUGACUACGACGGGGCCGAGGGGUUCGCCAGAGGACAUAUAGAGUAA